AUGAAAAAUGGACAUGAUAAUCCCCAAGCUAUCUUGGCUAAGAAGAUUGCCACUUUAAAACGCCCUAUCGUUGUUGGGAAAGAGAACCCUAUGCUAUUAGUGAAUUGGCUACGUGACAUGGAGAAAAUCUUUACUGCAAAUGGAACACCUGAUGCUCAAAAGGUUAACCCAACCACGUUUUACCUACGUCAGGAUGCCGACACAUGGUUGGAAAUUGAGGGACAAACCAUUAGUAACCAACCAAACUUUGACUGGGAUUCUUUUAAUGUUGUUAUUAGAGGUCGAUUCUUUCCUGAACACAUUAGAAGAAAAAAGUGCAGUGAAUUUAAUAGGUUGAACCAAGGGAAGUUUAUGAGUGUUAAGGAAUAUGCCCAAAAGUUUAAUGAAUAUGCUAAGUUUUGCCCUAACAUGGUCCCUGAUGAAGUUUCUAAGGCACAAAAAUUUGAGGAUGGUUUAGCUUUCAGGAUACAAACUAGGUUAGGAGGAAGUACUUCAUUUACCCUUGUGGAGGCUUAUUCUAAGGCUUGUAAUAUGGAGAGGAUCUUACAAAAAGAAGAAGAUGUUUUAGGUAGAAUCAAGAGGAAAGACCAAAGUAAUGCGGAUAGUCAAAGUAAUGAUAAAAGACCUCGUUUUGGGGACGAUAAGGGUAAUGGUAGGAACAAUCACCACGGAGAGGGAUAA